AAACAGCCAGCCAGCCAGCCAUAACCAAAUAGUUUGGAAAUGUGUGGCCAUAACCUCGACUUAUGUGUACAAUGAAUCGCUGCGUUUAUAGUGAGUUUUUGUUGUAAACGAGCCCACAGUGUUAAUGCAAAAAGAAUAAGUGACUCCCGCUGACAAUGUCGGAGGAGCGUCUGGUUACCGAGGUGCCCAGUAGCCUAAAGCAACUAGCCCGAUUGGUGGUUCGCGGUUUUUACACAAUCGAAGACGCCCUCAUUGUCGACAUGCUGGUGCGAAACCCGUGCAUGAAAGAGGACGAUAUUUGCGAACUGCUGAAGUUCGAGCGAAAAAUGUUGCGUGCCCGCAUCGCCAUCCUGAAGAACGACAAAUUCCUUCAGGUGCGACUGAGGAUGGAGACGGGCGCUGACGGCAAGGCCCAGAAGAUCAACUACUACUUCAUCAACUACAAGAGUUUCGUCAACGUGGUGAAGUACAAGCUGGAUCUGAUGAGAAAACGCCUGGAAACGGAAGAACGCGACGCCACUAGUCGAGCCAGCUUCAAAUGUUUAGCUUGCCUGAAAACGUUCACCGACCUCGAAGCUGACCAGCUAUUCGACUUCAUGUCGGGCGAGUUCAGGUGCACAUACUGCCGUGAGGUGGUCGAAGAAGACUCGUCCGCCUUGCCGAAAAAGGACUCACGCCUGUUACUAGCGAAAUUCAACGAGCAGCUGGACCCACUCUACAUUUUGCUCAGGCAAGUGGAGGGCAUCAAGCUGGCCCCAGAAGUGCUCGAGCCCGAACCAGUGGACAUCAGCACCAUCCGGGGCUUGGACAAAAAGAGCGCAAUGCAGUCCGGCCAGGAAUGGUCAGGCGAAGCGACCAGAAGCGCCGGAUUCGCCGUGGAGGAAACCCGAGUGGACAUCACCAUUGGGGACGACUCCAGCGCAACAGCCACCACUGCGCACAAAGAGGCCCCGAUCUGGAUGACCGAGUCCACAGUCAUUACCAGUGCGGCUCCAGACGACUCAAAGAACGGCGCGGAUCAGAAGGAGACGCUCACCAGUCCGAGCACAAAGAACGACGACAUUAUGAGCGUGUUGCUGGCGCAUGAGAAGCGACCAACCAACCAAACAUCCAGCGCAGUUAAAGGUUUGGGGACCAACGACUCAGAUUCGGACUCAGACGACUCCAACGAGGAAAAGGUCGGCUUGGAGGACGUCGAAACAAUGGAGAGCGAGGAUGAAGACGACAGCACUGUACCCCAAGUCAAUGUGGGCAAUAAGACCUACUUGAUUACCGCAAUUAAUGACGGCAUAAUCAGCGAAAUGACUCAGGCAGAGAAGGAAAUUUAUGUGCAAGUGUUCCAGGAUUAUUACUCUCACAUGAACUACUGAUUCCGAAGUGGCUCAGCUUAGUGCUAAUUGGCAACUUUACCGAAUUAACAAAUCAAAAUAUUUUUAAUUAAAUAUGUACGGUUUAAUUUCGUUAACUAUCAAGGGAUUUCUAUUAUCAAAAGCAUUAUCUGGGAUAUGAGAAAAUCGUUUGUUUGGGUCCUUCCAGGAUUGUACAAGAGACUCCCAAUAUUCUGCACUGUUACCCAGCGCAUUUCUAUACACUAGAUACGACCAGAAUAGUAUAAGUGGAUAUUUAUAA